AUGGCUGGAUCUGGAAGUUCUGAAGUAAGAACCCCGAUCUUCUCCGGUGAGAACUACGAGUUCUGGAGGAUUAAGAUGACAACGAUUUUCAAAUCGCUUGGGCUAUGGAGUCUGGUAGAAAAGGGGAUUCCAACUCCUGAUUCGAAGAAGAAGAAAACGGCUGAAGAGGCAUCAGAAGAAGAACCUGAUGCAGAGAUGAUCGCUGUGCUCAUGAGGGACGCGAAGGCUCUGGGCAUCAUCCAAAACGCAGUUUCUGACCAGAUCUUCCCUCGGAUUGCCAACGCUGACUCAGCCAAGAUGGCGUGGAAUUUGCUUCAUGGUGAAUAUCACGGUGGUGAUCAAGUCAGGUCAGUGAAACUUCAGAAUCUCAGAAGAGAGUUUGAGUAUAUGAGAAUGCGUGAAGGUGAACAAUUAACUGCAUAUCUUACUAGGUUGAAUGAGUUGAUAAAUCAAAUAAAAACAUUUGGAGAAGUGUUAUCAAACGAGAGGCUGGUUCAAAAGGAGGUUAUUGCAAUAUUGAAGAGUCAAGAGCAGCGAAAUUACCCGUGGGAUAGGGGUAUUUUAGUCAUUUUCUUGCCCGGAAGGAAUUUGGGAAUUCCGGAUGUACCGUUGCGUAGAGCACGGCGAGAUGAAUUCGUAGACAUGUAG